AUGGCCCUGCUCAGCCUGUCCCAGCUGCUGGACGUCGCCAUUGGGACGCCCGAGGUCGGGGCCGUCAACUUCAGGGCGCUGCACAGCCUGCUGCAGGCCAUGCUCGGGCACCUGGGCCUGCAGGACCUGCCCGCCCUGGAGCAGGGGUGCAGCCCGACCCCCCUCCUGGGGGGGGACCAGCCCGUUGAGGCACACCCCGGAGAAGAAGGGGGCCAGGGCAGAGGACCGGGCACAGGGCACGGGCCGCUCGCUGCCAGGAAGGACCCGCUGCAGGGGACUGUGAGCGGCUCCCAGGUCGCCUCUGUGGCUGCUGACAUGGGGCAGAUGAAGAAGAAGAUUGAAGAGGAUGAGAGCGGCAUCUCCAAGGCUAUGGCUCUCUCCCAGGAUCUCCUUGAGGAGAUCAGCGGGAUGAAGGCAGCGCAGUCCCGCAUGGGAGAAGACAUCCGGAUGAUCCAGGAGGCGCUUGGCUUGGAGAACCUCCAGGAUGCUGCCGGCCGGCUGCCAAGCCUCCAUGACCAGAUGACAUUGGACAGCGAUGUGAAAAAGCUGAAGGAAAGGCUGAGCCUCUACCCGGCCCCGGAGGAGGAGGGCAGUGGGGGCCAGUCUGCCCCCGCCGAGCCCUCCACAUCAGAUGUGGACACCCCACGUUGGGGAAGCUCAGCACCGGGACUGAAGGGACCAGGGACACAGCCUGUGCCCAGGACCAGCAAGGGGACUCCAGGGACGCAGCCCGGCUACCUCGGGAUGCAAGCAGGGAUGCGGAGAGCAUCAGCGACCCCUGAGAAGUGGGCAGGUGCUCCCUCAGAUCGGACAAGGACUUCUGAUGCUGACGUCACCAUCCCAGGGACACAGCCAGGGUCCCCUGGCACCCAGUCCACCAUCCCAGGGACACAGCCAGGGUCCCCUGGCACCCAGACCACCAUCCCAGGGACGCAGCCAGGAUCCCCUGGCACCCAGACCACCACCCCAGGGAUGCAGCCAGGGACCUCUGGCACCCAGACCACCACCCCAGGGACACAGCCAGGGUCCCCUGGCACCCAGACCACCACCCCAGGGAUGCAGCCAGGAUCCCCUGGCACCCAGACCACCAUCCCAGGGACGCAGCCAGGAUCCCCUGGCACCCAGACCACCACCCCAGGGAUGCAGCCAGGGACCCCUGGCACCCAGACCACCACCCCAGGGAUGCAGCCAGGGACCUCUGGCACGCAGACCACCAUCCCAAGGAUGCAGCCAGCACCUCCAGGGACCCAAGAACAAGGAGCAGGGGUUCAACCAAACCCCUCCGACAUGGAGCCUAGCCUUCCUGGUGCCGAGAAAGUCCCCAGUGAAGCCACCCCUGGUGCUCUGGGGACACGGAUGGAUGCCACAAGCACACAGCUUGACCAGGCAGGCCACCGAGCAGCAGGGACCCUCUCGCUGACAGCCCAGGGGUUCGAGGUCCCCCUCAAUGCUGGUCCCAGGACCACGUUCCCUUUGCAAGAGCCGGCCGUGCCCUGCGGGUCCUCAGGCUCCAGCAGUGCCUCCAGCCGCUACGUGGAGACGGUGGAGGCUCUCCGCCAGAUCGGGCAGCUUGGCAACCUCUACACUGCCCUGAAGGAGCAGGUGGCCCAUCUGGAAGCCACCAAGUCGGACAACGCCGAGCUUGAGAAGCUGCGUCUGCUCUUCCCAGAGGGAGACCAGGAGAGCAUCACCAACAUCCUGGCCGACCUCCGGGACCAGGUGUCCUCCCUGCAGGGCCUGGCCAGUGACCUGCAGGGCGAGAAGGGGAAGAUCAGGCAGCUGGAGGAUGCCUUUGGAAAGCUGGGGGUGACUGGAGCCGACUGGAAAGUGGAUGGCAGUGACCAGGUCACCCUCCAGCUAGGGUCCACGCUGCAGGAGAUAAAGCAGGAGCUGAAGGAGCUGAGAGAGCAGCAGGAGACAACCAAGGCCACACUGGAGCAGUUGGUGACCAAGACGGCCGACCAGCUGCAGGAGCAGCUGGACAAGCUGAAGGCGAUGGUGGAGAGCACAGGGCAGGAGCAGGCAGAGGCGCAGGCAGAGACGCAGGCAGAGGUACAGGCAGAGGGGCAGGCAGCGUGCCCCAUCUGCAGCACGGACAUCGGUGUGCAGGUGGGGCAGCUCCUCCAGCGCUACGAGAAGCUCCAGGAGCUCGUGGACUCCUUCAUGUCGCGGCAGCCGGUGGCCAAGGUGGUGAGGCAGCUGCCAGGGAGGAGCCAGCAGGACGAGGAGCUGCUGAAGCGCAUCCAGGCCACCGUCGCGCAGGUGCAAGGGGACUACAAGAAGCUCAGCUCCGUCACGGGCAACCUCCUGGAUGACCGUCACCAGAAGCAGAAAGAUAUCGAGGCUCUGUUCCAGUCCCUGGAGAGGCUGGAGAAGGAGAAAGCGGACAAGGAGGACCUAUUGCUGGGAAUCGAUGUGAAAGCAGACAAAACCACCCUGGCCGGCAAAGUCAGUCGCACCCAGUUUGAGGCGUGCGUGGAGCGGCUGAACGAGAUGAUCCAGGAGACGCUGAGCCGGGUGACGGGCCAGGAGCAGGGCUGGCACCAGGUCCAGCGACAGCUCACUGAAGAGAUGGACUCCAAGCUGGACCGCCUGGAGCUGGGGCCUUUCCGGCAGCAGCUGGAGGAGCACUGGAAGAGCAUCCUGGAGCAGCUCAAGGAGAAGGCGCCGACAACGGAGGCUGACUAUGCGGCGGGGAUUAAGAAGCAGCUGCUGGCCCAUUUCCACUGCAUGUCCUGCGACCGGCCCCUCAGCAUGCUCGUGCCUGGCCCGCACAUCGUGGCCAUCCCAUCCAUGCCGCCGCUGCCCCCCCGGCUCGCCGGGCGCCCCCAAACCAUCCUCGAGCUGGAGCAAACACAGCAGCACGGCCACAGGGAGCGGGUGGCCGAGUGCGCGUACCCCAGCGUGCCGCGGCACUGCGGGGGCCAGCACACCCUCACCCACCCGCUGCAGCGCUGCCCACGCCUCCAGCCUCUCCCGCCCGGCGCCCCGCAGCCGCUCCAGCCCCCCACCCUGCUCCCCAUCAAGCACGACGAGAUGGAGCUGUUGGGCCAGGACGGUCACAUCUACAGGGGCCGGCGGGACGGGCAGCUGCCUGCAUUCGUGGGCAAGGAGGGCUCCCCAAGGGACAAGCCCAAGCUGUCCCCAAGGCAGUGGGACCCCCAGGGCAGUGGCCGCCUGCUCUCACGGCCCCAGAGCGCCGGGUCCUCGCUCAGCCAGCCGGGCACUGCCGCCUCACCGGAGCACAGGCCAGCCUCAUCCAGCGGCCGCCUCUCCCAGGCAUCGGGGCUCCUCCCGCCCCUCUGGACCCAGCGGGGUGGAUCCAGCACCCCGAUGGCCAGGCAGGACUGGGAGUCCCUGGCCGAACCCCCACCACCCCAACCACCGAGCAGGCGAGCAAGCGGCUCCAGCCAGCAGCAAUAAAGGGCAAUGGGCAGCCGAGCGCCUGUGUGACCUGAGCGGGGCAGCCCUGGGUUGGGAUUUUCCCAUCAUGCGCGAGGAGGGGUCGGU